UCUCUUCCAAAGCUAAAAAGUCUGCCCCCUGCGCGCGCGCGCCCAACGUUAGCGCGCCACUGAAUGCGUGGGUCCAGCGUGGGCGACGCCGCUGCUACUGUGCGUCUGUUUGAGUGUGAGUGUGUGUGUGUGUGUGUGUGUCUGUAUGUGUGUGUGUGUGUGUGUUUGAAGACUUUCCUAUAAAAGCGAGGGGGAUCCCAACUCUCACACGAGCGCACGUCUCUCCCUCGAACACGUGAAGGCUUCCUUCCUGCACGCCACGGUCACUGGGAAGUCUGCUGCUCGCGCCGCAGUCGGUUCCUCCGCUGUCCAGGACAGCACUUUGUUGGAAGGAGACCCCCAGGGCUGUGGUGGUGGUCAGUUAAGGGUCCGACAACAUGUCUCGGACGGAUGAGGUGCACCGCAUCACGGAGAAUGUCUACAAGUCCAUCAUGGAGCAGUUCAACCCGUGCCUGCGCAACUUCAUCGCCAUGGGGAAGAGCUACGAGAAGGCACUCUCCAGUGUGACAUUCGCUGCAAAGGGCUACUUCGACGCUCUGGUGCGGAUGGGCGAGAUGGCGAGCGAGAGUCAAGGCUCUAAGGAUAUUGAGGAGGCAGCAUGGGAGGUGCUCUUCCAGAUGGCCGAGGUCCACCGACAGAUCCAGAUCCAGCUCGAGGAGAUGCUGAAGUCGUUCCACAACGAGCUGCUGACCGAGCUGGAGAAGAAGGUGGAGUUGGACGCCCGUUAUCUGAACGCGGCGCUGAAGAAGUACCAGACGGAGCACAAGAGCAAAGGGGAGAGUCUGGAGAAGUGCCAGGCGGAGCUGAAGAAGCUGCGCAGGAAGAGCCAGGGCAGCAAGCACCCCUCCAAGUAUGGAGACAAGGAGAUGCAGGUCAGUCUGUGUGUCUAUGUGUGUGUGUGAGUGUGUCUGUGUUUG